AGUCGCUUUGGGUUUGUGGAAAGACUCAGAAUUUCGCUUAGCCCUCUCACUGACUGAAUCUUUCUACGAUUCUUCGAUCUUUAGAUUCUCCUCGACUGUUUAUCUUUCCGGUUCAGCCUAAUCGCUCACCGUGCACCUAUUCGUAUCCUCCGCUUCUUCCGUCGAGGGCCGUGGCGACUGCUCUUCGCCACCGGCGAUUUGUUUUUGGUUCGAUCUUUUUGAUGCUCGUAUUCUCUAUUACGCUCUGAAGCCCCUUUUGCUGUCUUCUUUCCUUUCUAUUUCUCUGAAAAUCCUGUUUCAGAGGGCUGCAAAUAGAAUUAUGUUGCGUUUUGCAAGUUUCUAUCUUCAUCUACGAUAGUUUUGACGACGAAAGUGAUCAUCUUUGCUACGCAUCGAAAAUUGAAAUCUCAUUUUCUGGGAAUGAAGAUAAAUAUGAGUUGUGAUUACAGUUAAUGGUAGCUUAAGAGAAACUUGCGGUUAUGUCAGAGUCUCGCCAAAGGCCUCCUUUUAAAGGCCCGAGAUGGAUUAUCACUUUGGUCAUUCUGGUUACAGUCGUUGUCAUCACGGCAUUCAUAUAUCCUCCGCGGAAUUCUGUGGCAUGCUAUAUGUUCUCUGGUCCUGGAUGUCCCUUGUACCAACAGUUUUUGUUUGUACCUUCAAGGGAAUUGACUGACACUGAAGCUGCAGCUCAGGUUGUGACUAAUGAAUUAAUGAAUUUACCCGAAUCUAAGAUAGCAACUCCAAAGAUUGCCUUCAUGUUCUUAACACCAGGGACUCUGCCUUUUGAGCCUCUUUGGGAAAUGUUCCUUCGUGGUCAUGAGAACAAAUUUUCGAUUUAUGUGCACGCGUCUAAGAAAAUCCCUGUACAUACAAGCAGCUAUUUUGUUGGUCGAGAUAUUCACAGUCACAAGGUUGCUUGGGGUCAGAUAUCGAUGGUUGAUGCAGAAAGAAGGCUAUUAGCUCAUGCUCUCAUUGAUCCUUAUAAUCAACACUUUGUGUUGCUUUCAGAUAGUUGUGUACCGCUAUUCGACUUUAACUAUGUCUAUAAUCACUUGAUCUUUGCGAACCUUAGCUACAUUGAUUGUUUCGAGGAUCCUGGACCACAUGGAAAUGGUCGGUAUUCACAACAUAUGCUGCCUGAAGUUGAAAAGAAGGAUUUUCGGAAGGGCUCACAGUGGUUUUCAAUGAAGAGGAGACAUGCUAUAGUCGUCAUGGCGGACAGCCUUUACUACACAAAAUUCAAGCUUUUUUGUAGGCCGAAUAUGGAAGGACGCAACUGCUAUGCGGACGAGCAUUAUUUCCCAACUCUUUUCAAUAUGAUUGAUCCAGAAGGAAUAGCAAACUGGUCGGUGACGCAUGUUGACUGGUCAGAGGGAAAAUGGCAUCCGAAAUUAUACAAUGCAAGAGACAUCACUCCUUACCUCCUCAGGAAAAUCAAGUCCAUCCAACUCGCUUACCAUGUCACAAGCGAUGCAAAGAAAGUGACGACAGUAAAGCCGUGUCUAUGGAAAGGAGAGCAACGUCCAUGCUAUCUAUUUGCUCGGAAGUUUAAUCCUGAAACUCUGGACCGGUUGAUGUAUCUCUUCCCUAACUACACCUCGCUGGUUUGAAAGGCUUAUCCGACACUAUUGUCUGGUUUAAGAACAGCUCUGGUAUUUUUUAUUUUGUUUAUGUUUGCUAACAACAUUAGCCUACGAGAAGUUGCUAGCUGAUUACUUAUAAAACUUUGUAUUGCGAUUCAUCAGUAAUAUUUUAACAUUCCUAUA